UAUUGAUGCAGAAAAUGGUUUCAAAAAUUGUACUCUUAUUACUGUCGUUGUUUGGAAAUGUGUUCCUGAACCCUAGUGACACUGACGACUUUUCUGUGGUUUCCACUAGCAAAAGCCCACCUAAAUUUGACGCCAUCGUAAACAACCCUUUCUUUGUACGAGUGGAAUUACCGUUAGAAAUGCGCACUAUACUUGACGCAUUAAAAGAAUCGGUAAGUAACCUGCAAAACAUAAAGCGGGAAAUUAUCGAAGUAGUCGAAAACGUUGUAGAAAACAAAAUCAGUAUUUACGACGCAGGCCUAAAAGAGCAAUUAUCCCAAACAAAAACCGAAAUUGUGUCAGAAACGAAAGAAAAUGUUAAACGCCAAUUAACAGAGGCAAAGAAUGAAAUGACGAUCCAGAUGAACGCCGUAAAAGAAUCGGGAUUUUCGCUUUGUUCUAUCAUCGAAAAGAAACUCACUGAAACAAAAAAUGAAGUACUUGAUGAAAUGAGCAACCAAAGAGAAUCAACGAAGCUAAUUCUUUCCGAAAGCGAAAAACGCAUCGCGGGAAUAGAAUCACACGUGCAAACUCAUUUUACCAAUCUGGAAAAUCAGUUGAAAAAAACGAAACAAGAAAUUGUGGCAGAAACAGAAGAAAAUUUUAGAUUGCAAAUAACUGAAGCGAAAAAUGAAGUACUUGCUAAAAUAAACGUUUCAAGCGAAUUGACAAAGCUCUCUAUUUCUAAACAUGAGCAACUUACUUCAGAGAUGCAGUCGGAAAUUAGAAUUCAGAUUAAAGAAGUAGAAGCCAUUCUUAACACCUCUGGCGCUUUCAACGAAAUUAAUAACAAAGUAAUCAAUAUAAACGCACAAGAACAGACCGCCAAAGAGCAACUUGCGGAAACAAGCAAGAAAAUUAUUCAGCAAAUGGGAGAACUGGGAGAAACACAAAUAGCAGUUGUUUCUAAUUUCACGCAAAAACUGACUAAAACCAACGGAAUGGUUGACGAAAUAAAGGCUCUGCUUUUAAACAACGAAAACCUUAUCGAAAAAAAUACAGUCAAAUAUGCAAGCUCAGUUUACAGAGGCCAAAACCGAGAUCUCCCAAUUACAGGACUUGAACGAAGUUAAAAACCAACUGGCGAAAACUCAGGAGAAGAUUCUUACAGAAAUUCAAGACUGUAAAUCUGUACCAAGGGACUGUAGAGAAGUUCAGAAGAGGGGAUAUAACACUUCCGGCAUUUUUCGCAUACAACCUAUGCUUUCCUUGCAAAGUUUUCUAGUUUGGUGCGACUUGUCAACUCGAGAAGGAGGGUGGACCUAUGUCGUUAAUCGAUUUGAUGGGUCACAAAAUUUUUACCUUAACUGGACCGAUUAUAAGCAAGGUUUUGGUAAUCUUUCGGGAGAAUAUUGGCUAGGUUUAGAUCAUCUCUACGAACUGACAAAUAGUAAACGAACCGAGUUGUUGUUCGAACUUGUCGACUGGGAUUUGAAAAAGGUUUAUGCGCUGUAUGACGAUUUUCAGAUAGGAAACGAAUUUGAAAUGUAUCGUGUGAAAACUUUGGGAAAGUAUACAGGGGAUGCUGGAAACUCUUUUUAUCCACAUCAGAAUGCGAAUUUUAGUACCGCCGAUAAUGAGCACUCGGAAACGUGUGCAGCCUAUUUCGAAGCUGGCUGGUGGUACGUAGAUUGCCAUGCUGGUUGCGUGACUUGCAAAUAUCAACGUGAUCUCGAUGAAGCAAGAACUCAUCGCCCUUUCUCAGGAAUCAAGUGGAACAGCUUUCACGGUUUCAACUAUAGUCUUAAAGAAGCGAGGAUGUUGAUAAGACCACGGCUUGGAUAUGUACCUAUAUGACAUUUUUACAUGCCGCGCGUAAACUAACAUUUUAAAAAUAUUGGUUAUGUCGAUUUUAGGUUGAAUAUAAAGCACUUUAUUAUACUAUAUAUUAAUAUAGUACUUUAGUUAAACUUCGGACGUCAUCUCAAAGUUGCUCCUAGUAAUUUCUGUACCUAUCAGAUGUGCAACAUAUUAUAUAUCUAAACUCGUGAAUUAGUAAUCUACACGUAUUUAACACUGUAUGCAUGUAGAUUUUUUGAAAACUAUUCAAAAUUGCAGGACGUAAUUUUAUCAUUCCAUCGAUGUGUUGAUAUUUUGUAUUUGUUGAUUUAUUUAGGUCAUCAUCAUUAUGGUAUUUAUGUUAAAUCAUUACGGACUAAUAAGAUUUCAUGUGUUCAUACCUUACUUGCACUUGACAUCAUCUCCAAAAUCUUAUUUGUGUGUUGUGGCCCUUUAUUUAAACUUUAGAACAAAAUUACAAACAUUGUCACCCACAUUAGCAUUAAACUACUAAACACUAAUACUAAACUAAGUUAUAGACACACUUAAAUAAUUCUAAACAAUUUACGCCUAUUCUGUGGAAAUUUUCAAAAAUAAUAUGU